UACAAUGAUCCUUAUGACUACUCAGGUGCCUCAGGAUCUCCCAAUGGGGUGGCUUCGCUCUAGGCUCAUGUUCCCUGUGAGCUGGCUGAUCCUGGUGUGGGUGGCAGGCUCUGGGAGUGUUAAGGUCCUGAAUGCGCCCACUUGCUUCUCAGACUACAUCUUCACCUCCACCUGUGAGUGGAAGAUGGAUGGUCCCACCAACUGCAGCAACAACCUCCGCCUGUCCUACCAGCUGAAUUUUGAAGGGUUUGAAAACCACACGUGUGUCCCUGAGAACAGAGAAAGCACGGUUUGCGUGUGCACUAUGCUGAUUGCUGAGCCGGUCAUAGCGGACGUCUAUCAGCUAGACCUGUGGGCUGGGAGGCAGCAGCUGUGGAGCGACAGCUUCAAGCCCAGCUCCCAUGUGAAACCCAGGGCCCCGGGAAACCUCACGAUCCACCCCACCUCCCAGACCUGGGUGCUGACGUGGAGCAACCCGUACCCUGAUGAGAAUUACCUGCAUCGGGAGCUCACCUACCUGGUCAACGUUUCAAAUGAACAUGACCCUGCGGAUUUCAGAAUCUAUAAUGUGACCUACAUGGAGCCCACCCUCCGCUUGGUGGCCAGCACCCUAAAGUCUGGGGCUUCCUACAGUGCACGAGUAAGGGCCUGGGCCCAGAUCUACAAUAGCACUUGGAGUGAGUGGAGCCCCAGCACCAACUGGACUAACUACUACAAGCCCUGGGAGCAGCGCCUCUCACUUGGCAUCAGCAUUGCCUGCGUCAUCAUCCUGGCUGUCUGCCCAGUCUGCUAUAUCAGCAUUAUCAAGAUUAAGAAGGAAUGGUGGGACCAGAUCCCUAACCCAGCCCACAGUGCACUCGUGGCCAUUGUCAUCCAGGACUCCCAGGUGCCACUGUGGGGAAAACAGUCCCGAGGCCAGGAACCAGCCAAGUGCCUACACUGGAAGACUUGUCUUACCAAGCUCCUGCCCUGUUUACUGGAGCAUGGAAUGGAAAAGGACGAGGAUUCCUCCAAGGCUGCCAAAAAUGGGCCUUUUCAGGGUCCUGGAAAACCUGCAUGGCACCCUGUAGAGGUCAGCAAGAUGGUCCUCUGGCCGGAAGACAUCAGUGUGGUGCGGUGCGUGGAGAUCUUUGAGGCCCAGGUAGGGAAUGAAGAGGAGGAGGUGGAAGAAGAUAAAGAGAGCUUCUGCCCAUCGCCUGAGAACAGUGGGAGCAGCUUCCAGGAGGGCAGGGAAGGCAUCGCGGCCCGGCUAACGGAGCACCUGUUCCUGGACAUUCUUGAGGGUGAGAAUGGGGGCUUCUGCCCACAGGGCUUGGGGGAGUUGUGCCUUCCCCCACCGUCAGGAAGUACCCAGAUGCCCUGGGCUGAGUUCCCAAGUGAGGAGCCCCAGGAGGCACCGUCCCUGGGCAAGGAGCAGACUUUUAACCCGGAGUCAAAUCCACUGGCUACUCUGACACAAAGCCCAGCCAGCCUGGCUUUCACAGAGACGCCUUCUGUAGUCACAGACAAUCCCGCUUACCGCCGCUUCAGCGACUUUCUGAGCCAGUCGUCAGGUUCUGGAGAGCUCAACUCAGACCCACAGCUGGCCGAGUGCCUGGAGGAAGCGGACUCCAGUGUCCUCUCUGCCGUGCAGCCCUCUGAGCCACCCACAGCACCCCAGCCACAGCUGGAAACCUGGGAGCAGAUUCUCCGCCAGAGUGUGCUCCAGCACAGGGCAGCCCCAGCCCCCGCUUCAGCCCCCACGAGUGCCUACCGGGAGCUUGUGCACAUGGUGGGGCCGCGCAGACUGCAGGACAGUGGGGUGGCGGGCUUUGGCUCUUCGGGAGAAGCUGGGUACAAGGCCUUCUCCAGUGUGAUCACUAACAGUGCCAUCUGCCCAGGGACAUCUCGGAUUGAGGCCAGUAAUGGGGAAGGGGGCUACAGGCCCUUCCAGAGCCUCACUCCUGGCUGUCCUGCAGCUUCUGCCCCAGUCCCUGGCCCUCUGUUCACCUUUGGACUGGACAUGGAGCCACCUCACAGCCCUCAGAACUCAUUCUUCCCAAGCAGCAACCCAGAGCACUUUGGCCUGGAGCCAGUGGUAAAGGGUGAGGAUAGCCAGAAGGCCCUGCUCUGCCCAGAGCCAGCCACAGAGCCCCUCAGGGAUGACCUGGGGAGCGGCAUUGUGUACUCAGCCCUUACCUGCCACCUCUGUGGCCACCUGAAGCAGUGUCAUGGGCAGGAAGAGCAUGGCAAGGCCAUCCUAGCCAGCCGCUGCUGUGGCUGCUGCUGUGGAGACAGGUCCUCACCCUCAGUGAGCCCCUUGAGGGCCCUAGACCCUCUGCCAGGUGGGGUUCCACUGGGGGCCAGCCUCCCUCCAGCCCCCUUGGAACCCCUGGGCACGUCAGAGGAGGGUAAAUCACCCCUGUUCUUCCCGCCUGACCCCAGCAAUACUCCAAGUUUAAGCCACACUCCCAAAAUGGUAAUGCUCUCCACAGGGCCCACAGGCACGAGCACUUCCUAAGUGCAUGCCCUCUUGUUGCUGAGGACUACAGGGGAAGACGGCCCUACCCUUCCUAUUAAAUGCCUUCCCCAGGAGGGCAGCCAGGCUGGCAGAUUUCCAAAAGACUAGGGGAACCCUGGCACAAAGUUUGUAAGAUGGUCUGACACGGUGGCCACCGAGACUGGACCCUUCCUGCUCCCAAGUUGGGCCUCGGCUUGCCACAUGCAACGGGAGUGGAGGCACUAGGCAGCUAUGCCUGCAGCAGGUGCAGGCAGGGAUCAGCUUGCGACAAGCCAUUGCCCACUUUGUGGGCCCACAGCUUCUCCAGCAUGCUGGCCUUGUCAUGCCCACCCAAGGCAUGUUUUGUCCACCUAACCACUCUGUUACCUAUGUCUUGCCCAGUCCUGGGAUUAGCUGUCACCAUGUCACUGGAUUGGAUGCUGAGCUUAGAAACUAACCAAGCCAACAGGGGAAUGACUUGGGAGGCUUUGGGAAACUGAUGAGAGAUUGACGUCCAGGAGAGGUCAUUUGCCCAUUUAUUCAACCAAACUUCAUUAGGUUGAUGUGGAGGGGAGAUCUGGACUUUGGGGGGGUGCUGAGUUAGGUGGCAGUAACAGAAAGACAUGAAAGUUGGGAUUGCCAAGCAGUGAAUGUCUGCUGUCAGAUCCCCAUGCAGCUGCAAGGCUGGGGGUCCCCUGGAGAUACCCAUUGACCUUGUGAAUAGUCUGCCCCAUGGACACCAUCGCUGGCAGCCUCUGAGAGCCCGAAGGGAGUGGCUUGUGCUCCCUGAUCCGACUGAGCUGGGCCUUCCAGACGGCCAGCAUGUGGAGCCUGCGAGUUGGCCCAGGACUCAGGCUGAGCGGCACAUUUUUGUGUGGGUCUCAAAGAUUGUUUUACCACCUGGUACUUGUGUUUGUUGAGGAGGGUGGAACAGUAAGGGGUGGGGUUUUCUGUAAUGGUCUUGAUCUUUUUGUUUUCAUUUAUUAAACAAACAUACUGCACGGCA